AUGAAGAAGAUGGCAAGAAAAACAAAGGCAGCUUCGCCUAGUGACUCAGACUAUUCUCCUUCUGAUCACGAUCAAGACAAAUCGGCCGAAGGUGAGGAAGUUCACCUUGAAGGAUCACCGAGUGGAGAUACGCCUCCUCAUUCUCCAUCUCUCGAGGUACUAGUAAAUGACUCAGUUCCAACUCCUUCUUCUUCUCCAUCUCAUACUACUACACCUAUUUCCAUUGCACCACUUCCACCACCUGCUUCGUCUCAACCUACCUCCACUGCACCUCUUCCUCCACCAAUAUUCACUCAAACAACUUUGACAACAACCACCUCCACACCCGAACCUCCGCGACAUCUAAAAGAUCUGAAUGAAAAACUUGACAAACUACUCGCUUCUUCUUCUUCCUCUUCCUCCACAUCAACUUAUUCUGAUGCUGCUAUCAAAGCCUUGAUUGAAACUUCAAUUAAACAACAUGAUGAAUCAAUCCAAAAGGCAACUGAGGCAGUGGAUGCUUCUGCUCGGUCUUGUCAAAAAGCAACCAAAGAGGUAGCUUCUCUUAUUUCAGAUGCCAAGAUUUUUCUGGAAUAUCUUCAGGGCGCCGUAGAAACCAACACCAACAAAGUGAACAAUGCUAUUGAGUCGCUUUCCAAAUGUCUUCAAGCCGAAAAAGAAAAUUUUGAUUCGGUGCGCUCGAGUCUUCAAGCCAAUCAAACCACUCUUCUGUCCUCUAUCAAUAAUCUCCUUGACAAACUUCAAGCUGAUCUUGCCAUGGAGAACAAAAUUAUGGAUGAACUUGCACGCAAAACCACUUUGCUUGAAGUUGAGUCCAUUCAGCUGAACCAGGCAAAUAAGGAGAUUGAUUCCCUAAAGACUGAGCGAGUUGUCAUCAAGAGUUGCAUUUCUGAUGUCUUCGCUAUUCUCUCCAAUCUGGUCAAUGCCCAUGAUUCGAUUCUAACUCUCUCAGUCUGA